UGCUUUAAAUGAAUGAAGCUGUGGGUUGUGACAGAAAUGUGUCCGCCACGCGUGAACUCUCGCUUCUGGAAGCCUCUCGACUGCUGCCUCAAUUUGUUGCUCGUAGAAAUGACUGGAAACGGAAGUGAGUCGCGCUCAAAGCUCUCCGUGCUAAACACUGGCUGCUUGGAGAAGAUUCCGCACGAAGAGAAGAUUCCGCACGAACCUGUUACACGCACAAUGAAGCUCCUGAUUGUGGCUGCACUUUUUGGACUGUGUCUUGCCCAGCACAACCCAAACACUAAACAUAAUAGGACCUCCAUUGUUCAUCUGUUUGAGUGGCGGUGGGCAGAUAUCGCUGAAGAAUGUGAGAGAUACCUGGCACCAAAUGGCUACGGAGGAGUUCAGAUCUCUCCCCCCAGCGAGAGCAUUGUAGUGACCAAUCCUUGGCACCCUUGGUGGCAGAGGUAUCAACCAAUCAGCUACAACUUGUGCUCCAGAUCAGGAACUGAGGAAGAGCUGAAGGACAUGAUCACACGCUGUAAUAAUGUUGGGGUGAACAUAUAUGUGGAUGCAGUGAUUAAUCACAUGUGUGGAGCCGCUGGUGGAGAGGGCACUCACUCCAGCUGUGGAUCAUACUUCAAUGCCAACAAGGAGGGCUUCCCCUCUGUUCCCUACUCAUCAUGGGACUUCAAUGAUGACAAAUGUAAAACUGCCAAAGAAGAGAUUGAAAACUACAAUGAUAUUUUCCAGGUCAGGGACUGUCGCUUGGUGGCUCUACUGGAUUUGGCCCUGGAGAAGGACUAUGUUAGAGGAAAAGUAGCUGAAUAUCUGAACAAACUGAUUGACCUGGGUGUGGCUGGAUUCAGAGUUGAUGCUUGUAAGCACAUGUGGCCUGGUGACCUUACUAACAUCUACGACAGACUCAAGACUCUCAAUACCACUUGGUUUUCUCCAGGCACCAAGCCCUUCAUUUAUCAAGAGGUGAUCGACUUGGGUGGGGAGCCCAUUAAAGCCAGUGAAUAUUUUGAACUUGGAAGAGUGACAGAAUUCAAGUACAGUGCGAAACUGGGCACAGUCAUUCGUAAAUGGGACAAAGAAAAGCUAAGCUAUCUCAAGAACUGGGGAGAGGGUUGGGGUUUCAUGCCUUCUGAUAGAGCUGUGGUGUUUGUGGACAAUCAUGACAAUCAGAGAGGCCACGGUGCUGGUGGAGCUUCUGUUCUGACAUUCUGGGACUCUAGGCUUUAUAAGAUCGCUACAGGACUCAUGUUGGCUCAUCCAUACGGUGUGACCACAGUCAUGUCUAGCUACCGCUGGGAUCGACAUUUUGUGAAUGGAAAGGAUCAGAAUGACUGGAUGGGCCCUCCAAGCAAUGCCAAUGGAUCCACUAAGCCAGUACCCAUCAACUCAGACUCCACCUGUGGGGACAAGUGGAUCUGUGAGCACAGAUGGCACCAAAUCAGAAAUAUGGCGAUUUUCCGUAAUGUGGUCAAUGGCCAGCCUCUCUCCAACUGGUGGGACAACGGCAAUAAUCAGAUAGCCUUCAGCCGUGGCAGCAAAGGAUUCAUUGUCAUCAACAAUGAUGAUUGGGCACUGAAUGUGACGCUGAACACUGGCCUGCCCAUGGGUACAUACUGUGACGUGAUCUCUGGAGACAAGAGUGGGGGCACUUGCACAGGAAAACAGGUGUCAGUGGGUUCUGAUGGAUGUGCCACCUUUAGCAUCAGCAACACAGACGAGGAUACAUUCAUUGCCAUCCAUGCUAACUCCAAACUGUAGAUUCAGUGAGGAUAUAAUUAUAAUAAAGCAGGAUCAAUUAACA